AUGGCGCUGCCAUUCAUCGUGCAGUCGUUGCAACUGCAGGCAGAAAGAGAAUUCCGCGAGCACCGCGAUGCUUUCUCGAUGCCCAAGGAGAUGUUUCGCCUGCGGUACCGCUUGACGAAGGACAUGGCGCGAUGGCUAUGCGAAGAGCUUCACCACGAUCUGGAGAGGCUGCGUACUCGCACGCGAACCGCCGCGACCGUCGAGCAGCAAGUGCUUUGCGCCCUUCGUUUCUUCGCUACCGGCAGCUACCAGGGCACGAUUGCAAGCGACAAGGACUUGGCGACGAGCAAGUCAGGUGUCAGUCGCUCGAUUCACGCUGUCGUCGAAGCGAUUGUCGAGCGCCUCGGCGAUGAGUGGAUCGCCUUCCCUGCCAGCGCCCAGCAACUGGUGGCGGCGAAAGAAGGCUUUGUCAACAUGGACGCAAGGUCCGCAGGCUGCAUCGGGGCGGUCGACGGCACGUUCAUUUGUAUUCGGGCGCCGUACGACAGGGACGACAACAACAAAGCUUCGUGCUUUUGCCGCAAGGGCUAUUACGCCACUUGA